UUGAGGUUCAAACUCAACGUGGGUCAGUUGGGUCCUGAACCCAAAUACAAUCGGUCGUAGUUGCCUCUAGUGCCCUAACUUUGAGUGAAGUCUAAUCAUAUUUGACAUAAGCUCAACAAUCAGUUCAAGUUAUAAGUGUUUCUGUGGUGACUUAUAAACUUUAGUUGAUGAAUAAACAAUUGAUCUUGAAUAAUUAUUGUGAAUAAACUUACAAUUGUUUUGUGAAGUUUUUCAUCGGAUCCAAGAUUCAUCAACGCAACCUUUUGGAGUAAGUGAGAAUCCAGUGCUGUUCUUGAAAUCAAAGGAAAAAGAACAGAAAGUGAAAUUUGCAAAAAAGCGAAGAAGGAGUAAAAAUGAGAGACAAUUGGCAAGUACCAGAAGCCAUGGUUCUAACACCAAACCAUCGGCCAGAACAGCAGCAGCCCAAUGCCGUGGAGGAGAGACAUCCCCUCUGCUUUUCAAGCUCAUCUGAUUGGGGAAUCAUUGAUACGAGCGUAGUGAAAGAAGAGCCGGCUGAUGAUAAAACUAAUGAUUCUGGGGUAUCACCAGAUCACUUUAGUGAUGCAACAUCACCAGACAGUCACAGAUCAUCAACCAACAAUGGUAGCUUGUCUCCAGAUAGUGCUGCUUCACAUGAUUCCAAUCCUGGACCAUCUAUGGCCUAUACCCAAUAUGCUCAACAAGAUGCUUCCCAAAACCCUGAUGUUCCUAUGGAUUUUUCAAAUGCUACGCUACCAGUUAAAAGUAAAAAAGGACGUAGUUCAAAAGGAGAUAAAACAAUGGACACUACAUCUAGCGAAGGACAAAGCAACAAUCAGCUUCCUGAAGCACAAGAUACACUUGAAUGCCCAUUAGACGGCUGCUCCUAUAAAACAAAUAGCAAAAUUGCGUUCAAUGACCACAUCAUCAAUCACUAUGUUACAAAUACGCCACAAUGUUCUGGAAAGCUUCCAAAUCCUGCUCGAUCUACCACUUCAUCUAAAACAGCAAGUCCAUAUGGUUCUGAAGGCCUUUGGGUAUCUCCUUCUCAAGUUGAUCUAUCACAGUAUGCGAAAUUUGAAUUCAACAGCAUUGAUGAACCAGGUAUCUGUAUCCCUCGUAUAAAUGCUCAAGGAAAAAUCAAAAUCCUUCGGUGCAAACAAUGCACUUAUAAAUGUUUAACUAAAUAUGAAUUUUGGAAUCACCAUCGUGAUCAUAUUAAAGCAGAAAAAUUACUUCAGUGCCAGAUCUGUCCUUUUGUCACUGAAUAUAAGCAUCAUCUUGAAUAUCAUAUGCGCAAUCAUACUGGUUCCAAGCCAUUUAAAUGCGAUAAAUGCAGUUAUGCUUGUGUCAACAAAUCAAUGUUGAACAGUCAUUUAAAAUCACACUCAAAUAUUUAUCAAUAUAGUUGUGCUACUUGCAGUUACAUAACUAAGUAUCUUCACUCAUUAAAACUUCAUUUACGAAAAAAUGUUCAUCUACCCGGCGCAGUACUUAAUGCUGAUGGAACACCCAAUCCAUACCCAAUCGUUGAUAUUUAUGGAAGUAGACGUGGACCAAGGCAAAGGACUCAAACUUCACAAUUGGAUGAACCAUCGACAUCAAGAGGUUUUGAAAAUCAAAGUCCAGUUUAUGAACAAAAUGAUUAUCAAAUUAUUACUCCACCUCAAAUGUCUCCACUUAUGAAUCUUCCAUCUACAAGUCGAGGGGAAAUCAAUCCUCUCGUGGCAUUACAGUAUAGUCAACUGCUUCAUGCCAAUCCUUCGAUGAGAAGUUUCUUUGGAGUCAACAAUGAGACUACCGAAGCACAGUUGGAACAAAUUCGUCAGGAAUUUUGUGCUCAAUAUGCUAAAGCAAUUAUACAUGAAAAACAGAAUGAUCACGAUGGUUCUUCAUCCUCGAACAAGCUUAAUUUUAACAACGUAUCUGCUACACCGGCUGAUGUACCAACAACUAUUGCUGUCAUCAACGAAAGGCUUAGAAUGAUGCCUUCUCCUCCAGUGACUCCUGAGACGGUAUCUGAAGAAAGAACUACACCAUUGGAUCUUAGUAAACCUGAAACUUCAAGUAAUGACAGUAAUGAUUCAAAUAGUAGUCAAGAUCAUAAUGAAGAGAUUCAGGAACAAGAAGUGGUUGAUGCACCUACCACUGCUGCAACCACAGGUCCUAGAAAAGCAUCUGGAACUAGUCGGCGUAAGGGCAAGGCCGUCAAAUUGGUUGUCAGAGAUGCUGAACAACAAAGUCAGAGAAAUUAUUAUGAUACUUUCUCUCCUCAACCAUCCACCAGCUGGGCAGUUCCAGACGAAGUGCCGUCUACUAGCCAACAACAAGAACCAAACACCGAAAGCACCACACCACUUGUAAGUAAUGAUGAAUUCUUUUGUCAAUUUUGCGAAAUUUCAUUUGGUAAUGAAGUUAUGUAUACCGUGCAUAUGGGUUAUCACGGCUAUCAAAAUCCAUUCACUUGCAAUAUGUGUGGUCAUCAAUCUGAAGAUAAAGUUUCAUUCUUCCUUCACAUUGCUCGCUCAAAACAUACAUAAUUUGUAAAUUUUUUUCAUCAAUGGUGCCUUGAAUAAUUGUAAAUAAUUUACUUAUUACAUAGAGAGAAAAUUCAUAAGAAUUUGAUAUAUGAUAAAAUAUGGUUGAUAUUACUAGUCAUGUAAUGGGUAAACGAUUUGAGUAUCUUCAGGGUGCAAUUUCAUAAAUAAUUUCAGUAUUUGACGAUAUUAUAGAUAAAUUACAUGAGUCAUUGCUGAUUUUUUUCAUUUAUUUCGUGAUUCAAUUCGAUAUAAAAAAAAAUAUUUUAUCGUAAUAAUUAUUAUUAUGAUUAUUUUUUGUACAUACA